UUAGUUACUUCUUCUUUAUUUCCCAGAUCCUAAAAAGAAGAUAAGCUGUCAGGAGCGAUAGCAGCUCGAACGAAUGUGAGAGGAUCUAACUAAUGCGUUAUAUAGCAUUCCUGUAGUCUCUAUCCUCCGUCACUCUAUCAUUAGCCUCGCUCCACUAGCUAUUAAGAAGUUUCAAUAGGCACUAGUCUAUCAGUCGGUGCGUAUGCUGCGAAAAAAACAGGUGUAUUUUGUUCGUUUCCUUCCACAAAGAUGCACUUUCUCUUUCUUUUAGUUUCUUUCUUCUAGCUUGUCAAUUAUUUAACUCUCUAUCAAUCAGCAGAAAGAAUUGUGGUUUCUACUAAUUAGCCGGAAAGCGCUUUACCGGAACUCUGACGUUGAUCUCGCUAUAGUAGGAGGAAGCAAGAUGAAACGGGAAGUGGUUUGUCGAUUACUUGGUGAAAGGAAGCUUCUUUCGAUAUUUCUUGUUCAUCUCUGCUGAAAACAGCUCUUGCCUCUUCCCGCUGAUCAUGCAGCAGCAUAAUCAGAUUAGGCCUUUAUCUAAAGCUAUAAGAAGCUGCUUCUAAAGUUCAAGUUUUGACCAUUGACCAGUCAGAAUCUGGUAUGGAGUUCUACUAUCGACUUCAUAAGUUCUGUCAACUGGAGUCAAGAAAGUGGCUCAUCUUUGUUGGGGCAGUCGCCAUUGCUCACUUACUGUUUCAGCCCCUAUUGUUUCCAUAUGGAUACGCCGUUCGGACUCUUCUUCCCACAGCCCGUGAUCCAGUAUUUGAUGAAAGCAGGAUGAUCGGGACAGGGCAAUCUUCCAUCAAGUCUGGAGUGGCACGGAAUGCUUUAGCAGUUGAUGCAUCAAGUGAGUUGAAAAUUGGCCUUUUUGCCCAGAAUGAGACUAAAUCUGAUGGUGCUGGAGACGUUAGUCAUGUCAGUGAAGUGAAAGGACAUGGUGGAGAUACAGAGAACGGUUUAGCAUCGGAGGAAGUAAACUUGGAUGAUGAUACUGCUGAACUUGCUGUAGAUAGAGAUGUCGUUGAUGAUGAUGAUGACGAGGAUGAUGUUCGGUUAGAGAAUAUAGUUGAUGGAAAUGAGGUUACUCAAGAAAAAGAUUCUGUUCUAGAGUUGCCCAGUGAAGCCAAAAAGGGACUUCCUCCUGUGCAAGAUGUAACUAGCAAGACCAGUGAAGCCCCUGCAGCUUUGUCUCAAGCUGUACCUCCAACUACCGGUGCUAGCCAUUUGAAAGAAAGCGGAGCCUCCUCUAUUGGUCCUGCAGUUGUUAAAGGUGCCUUUACCACUUCAAGGAAUAAUUCUGCUGGAGUUAGUAACCCUGUGAAGAAAAAAAUUAAGGCUGAGAUGCCACCAACGUCAAUUACAACAUUUGAUGAGAUGAACCAGUUGUUAGCCAGAAAUCACCGGUCUUCACGGGCAAUGAGACCAAGAUGGUCCUCUGAACGUGAUCGGGAGAUUUUGGAUGCAAGGUGGCAGAUCGAAAAUGCACCUGCCGUGGUUAACGAUCCAGAUCUUUAUGCUCCGCUCUUCAGAAACGUUUCACAGUUCAAAAGGAGUUAUGAGCUCAUGGAACACACACUCAAAGUCUAUAUCUACAAGGAUGGAAAGAAACCUAUCUUUCAUCUACCGAUAAUGAAGGGAUUGUAUGCUUCGGAGGGAUGGUUUAUGAAACUAAUGCAGGGAAGUAAGCAAUUUGUUGUGAAGGACCCCCGAAAGGCUCACCUGUUCUACAUGCCAUUUAGUUCACGAAUGCUGGAAUAUACGCUGUACGUACGAAACUCUCAUAAUAGGACAAAUCUACGGCAGCAUCUGAAGGAAUACUCAGAAAAGAUUGCAGCUAAAUAUCCUUUCUGGAAUCGAACUGGUGGAGCAGACCAUUUUCUUGUUGCCUGCCAUGAUUGGGCUCCAUAUGAGACGAGGCACCAUAUGGAACAUUGUAUUAAAGCCCUCUGCAAUGCUGAUGUCACAGUAGGCUUUAAACUAGGAAGGGACGUAUCUCUUCCAGAGACAUACGUUAGAGCUGCAAGAAAUCCUCUCCGUGACCUUGGAGGGAAGCCACCUUCUCAAAGGAACAUUCUUGCGUUCUAUGCCGGAGGCAUGCAUGGAUACCUUCGUCCAAUUUUAGUCAAGCAGUGGAAAGACAAGGACCCCAACAUGAAGAUCUUUGGUCCUAUGCCUGCUGGUGUAGCGAGCAAAAUGAACUACAUCCAACACAUGAAGAGGAGCAAGUACUGCAUCUGCCCUAAGGGCUACGAGGUUAACAGCCCACGAGUCGUGGAAGCCAUCUUCUACGAAUGCGUGCCGGUUAUCAUAUCGGACAACUUCAUUCCACCACUCUUCGAGGUCUUCAAUUGGAACGCCUUCUCGAUUAUACUCCCGGAGAAGGACAUUCCGAAUCUGAAGGAGAUUUUGGUCUCCAUACCAGCGAAGCGAUACAUGGAUCUGCAGCUCGGGGUCAGGAAGGUUCAAAGGCAUUUCCUUUGGCAUGGUAGGCCUCUGAAAUAUGACCUCUUUCACAUGACCCUUCAUUCGAUCUGGUACAACCGAGUUUAUCAGAUAAAACCACGAUGAGGAAGUGAAGUAUAUCAUACUGUCUUGGUUUCCAAAGAAGUUUGUGCACCAGCGUUUAUAAGUCGGUAUCCAUAUGAAGGAUUUAGUUUCUGUGUACAUAGCUAUUGUAGAAUUUUUUGUUUUUUAUCUGAUUUGUUGUCCCAAUUGAUUUUGAUUCUCUUGGUAGAAUUGUGGGUAAAAUACCUCGAAUUUGAGAAUUGGGGUAGACAUACUUCUUAAGUUUGAAU